UUUGCCAUACCUGCAGAUAAAGAUCAAAUUAAAGCAGAAAAUUCAAAUACCACUACAAUGAUGGAUUUUAUCCUCUUGGGGUGUUCUGAUACUCCCAAUCUCCAGUGGACACUUUUUGUUAUAUUUUUACUCAUAUAUUUGACUAUCUUGGUGUGCAAUAGCAUCAUAAUACUAAUAACAAAAAUUGACCCUUCUCUCCACACACCCAUGUACUUUUUUCUUGGCAAUUUUUCUUUCUUGGAAAUCUGUUAUGUGACAGUAACUAUCCCGAGAAUGCUUGUGGACCUUAUGACUAAGAAAAGACGUAUUUCCUUGCUUGCCUGUGCUACACAGAUGUGUUUUAUUCUGAUGCUUGGAGGCACAGAGUGUCUCCUCCUAACCGUGAUGGCCUAUGACCGCUAUGUGGCCAUUUGUAACCCUCUUCAUUAUUCUCUAGUGAUGAACCACAAAGUCUGCAUCCAGCUGGUGGCUGCCUCCUGGAUCAGUACAAUUCCAGUUGUCAUUGGGCAAACAUGGCAGAUUUUCUCUUUGUCUUUUUGUGCAUCUCACACAAUCAAUCACUUCUUCUGUGAUGUCCCACCAAUACUCAAGCUUGCUUGUGGGGACACAUUUGUGAAUGAGGUAGCAGUCUACGUAGCUACAGUGGUGUUUAUUAUGGUUCCUUUUCUGUUGAUUGUUGUCUCCUACGGUAAAAUUAUCUGCAACAUUCUGAAAUUGUCAUCAGCCAGAGGGAGGUCAAAAGCCUUUUCUACCUGCUCUUCUCACCUGACGGUCGUGGUAUUAUUCUAUGGGACAGCUACCAUUUCUUAUUUACAACCCAAACCAAAUCAGUCUGAGGGAAUGGAGAAGCUAAUCUCUCUUUUUUACACUGUUUUUAUUCCAACUUUGAAUCCCAUCAUAUAUACGCUGAGGAACAAAGAUAUCAUGACAGCAUUGAAAAAACUACUAGCUUUGGGAACCAGCAGUUAG